AUGAACUCUUUAUCCCCGUCUGCUGUUGGUCGAACCUUUGCGGAUGUAUUGCGUAGUAUAAAUAUAUUAACUGGUGGUAAACCCAAUCCCUGUCCAAACAAUUUGGAGGCGACAAUGUUAUUACUGGAUCGUCUUAAUAUGCGAGGCCAUAUGGAGAAACUGCGAUUUGUACAUGUGGCAGGCACCAAAGGGAAGGGAACAACUUCAGCAUAUACCUCUGCGUUAUUACAAUCAUAUGGAUUGAAGGUUGGACUCUUUACAUCACCUCAUAUUGUGGAUGUUCGAGAACGUAUUAUGGUGAAUAAUGCUCUUUUAUCAAAGGAAUUAUUUACGCGAUACUUUUUUGAAAUGCAAGAUCGCUAUACAGAACUUAUGAAUUCAGAAAGUCAACUCUCUCGUGAUAUUGCACAACGGUCUAACUUUUUUCGAUUUAUGUUUGUCCUUUCUCUACAUAUCUUUGUAGAAGAGGCUGUUGAUGUGGCCGUGAUGGAAGUUGGUAUGGGUGGACGUCUUGAUGCCACAAAUGCUAUUUCACCGGAUGUAUGCGUCAUUACAGCGUUGGGUCUUGAUCAUACAGAAAUUUUGGGGAAUAGUAUAGAAGAGAUUGCACUGGAAAAGGCUGGUAUUAUGAAACCUGGUGUGAUUUGUUACACUGCCCCACAAAAAGAUCAUCUUUCUACUAUUAAAGUACUUGAAAUGUAUGGACAUAAAGUAGGAGCUCCUGUGGUGGUAGUGGAUGAACAUACAUUACCCAUACGAAAUUGGCCUUCUCUUGCGAUUGGAGGUAGUCAUGCUAUUGAAGAUUCCAAAUUGGCGUUACUGGCAGCCAGACGUAUUGCUGGGAUUCUCCCUACUUUACCAUUAAGUGAAGUGGAACGUAAUGUAUUACAAACUAUGACUUUUGCAGGUCGUUCGCAAGUACUUCCAUUUGGUGGUGAAUCUAAUGUUAUUUUUUACUUGGAUGGAGCUCAUACGUAUGAAAGUCUACGGGAUUCUACCCAUUGGUUUAUGGAAGAGAGUUGCAGGGUUUCUGGUGAUCCUCAUCCACGAAGAAUACUUGUUUUCUACACCUCUCGCGAUCCUCAUUAUGUGUUAAAAGGAUUUAUGCCGUAUGUGAGUGGAUUUUGUAAAGUUAUUGUGGCUCAAAUAUUUAAUCCUCGAACUUCCACAGCCACUGCGGCAUUAACGGCAGAAGAAAGAGCAAAGAAAGAGAUGGUAUCUACUACCGAAUGCUGGAGGGAACUCUAUCGUGAAGUUCCUUGUAUAUCUUGUACAGGACCAUUUGAUUCAAUUCAGGAACUUAUUGAUUUAUGUAAUGUUACUGUAAAUGAGACGGAAGAUACCUCAAAAUCUCCGCAAAUAUUUAUUACAGGUUCUUUUUUCCUAGUUGCAGAUAUAAUGAAUUUGAUUAUCGCGAAGAAACAAACCUCAUCCUGUGAUUAG